CUGUCACAUUUCAUGCGUUAUCUUGCAUACAUGUACUCGGUAGUCGUUCUAUAUGGAAUACGUAUUUAUUAUUAUUGUUACCUUUCAUAUAUAUAUAAUGUGUAAUUUUAAUGGUAAAAUCCAUGCAUACAGUUUAAUUCAGCUCGUUGUGACAAUAUGCCAGCUCUAAGGAAUAUGUCUGACAAGACAAGUUAGUGGAGGUUGAAGUCCAGAACAAUAACCCGAAAUGGCGCUGUCUCCUGAUUCUACCAUCACUGUUUAUUUUGUUCGUCGGUUUCAAUAUAUACUAUGUCGUGCUAGACGAGUGGACGCAGACAAAAAUGAAAGUGAAAUACUUCCCCAACAGCUCCGUGGACGCCCACUUUGACCCAUGCGACAACAGCAGUAAAACGUCUCCGGAAUACCAGCAAUACAAGAAGAUGCAGCAACAGUCCGCAAACUGGAUUAUGUUUUACAACCUGGCUGAGUGUGUGCCGCAAGUGUUCAUGAAUAUCGUUCUCACAGCUUACACUGACUCGUUGGAAGAAGGUUUCUAAUUGUACUGACAUCAUUUGCCACGUUUUUUCAGAGUAGGUCUGUUUUCACUUACCGUAAUCUUUGACUGGUCGCCGGUGUGGGUGGUGAUGUCGAACAUAGUUUAUGGAUUUACUGGUGGAGGUUACGGACUACUUUCGGCCACUUUCGCGUUUGUUGCAGAUAUGAACAUACACGGAUGACCACAGAAUUAUUGGGAUUGUAGUAAUCGAGUGCGUGCUCGUUAGUUCAUCUAUAGUAUCACCUUACUUAUCCGGGUAUUUUGUGGAAACAUUGGGACUAGGCUUUCCAAAACGUCUUUCAUAUGCGUCGGUAUGUGCUUCGCUGGUUUGCUGAUUGCAUUUUUAUUGCCCGAGAGUCUUGCUAAACAUCGUCGUCAAAAAGCUCAGUCAAUUAUCAUGAAUAUUAAACGAGUAACAUCUUUCUACGUCAGCAAAGAGAUGAAAGGACAGAGAGCGAGGUACAUACUCCUAACGCUGUCAUUCUCGUUUGCUACAUUGACCUCAUUAAACAGAUCCGACAUAGAAACGUUGUACUUUCUGGGGCAGCCGUUCUGCUGGGGACCCUCAAAGAUCGGGUUGUUUAUGACAGCCUGUAGUGCCGCGCAAAGCAUCGUAGGUCUGGGCUCUCUGCGACUGCUGCAGGUCUGUCUAAGCAACCCAGUCAUCGCAAUCAUCAGCACUGUGUCGCUAACUAUUUCUUACAUCAUCGAGGGUCUGGCGGAGAGCACGCUGGUGAUCUACUUCGUCCCCAUUUCCGGUAUAUUCUCGUUUCUGAUGGUACCGAUGAUCCGCGGCAUGAUGUCCAAUAUUACUCCAGCGGACAAGCAGGGGGCAAUGUUCGCGGGGGUGGCCGUGUUUGAAGUAAUAAGCAGCCUCGUGGGCUCUAUCGCUUUCAAUGGCGUUUACUCGCUGACCAUGACUUUCAUGAACGGGUUUGGUGUUUCUGUGCAUGGCAUUCCUGAGUGUGGUAGACACGAUCCUGUUACUGGUGUAUAAUCGCAUCAAGCCGCCCAAUCAGAUCAGCUCUGUAAGCGUUAAUCAAGUCAAGCAUUCAGAUGACGCGGUCGAGUAACUAGAUGUAUCUCAUGGACUCAAUAUGCUGUGUGAUAUAUAUUUUUAUAAUUUGGUUUGUUUAUCGUUGUUGUUUCAAACUAAUCUCUAUUUUUACUUUAAUACAUGUAUUCGACGAACACAUUUAAAUUGUAUGAUUAAACACAAUAUUUCGAUAA